CAAACAUCAAAUAAUUGUUUUUUCAGUAUAGGAUCUACAGUGAAGCUGCUAGUUGCCCUGGCCAUUCUAUUCACAUUUGGACUACAAAUGACAGCCGUUAUGGAGGUUGUAUGGUUCUCAGCCGAGAAAAAAUUCACCCCGCCUAAUCGAGACAUUGCAUAUUAUGUUAUCCGAGGAAUUCUUGUGGUUAUCACAGUUUUGUGUGCAGUAGCAGUCCCACAACUGGGUCCUGUGAUUUCUCUGGUUGGCGCAGUUGGCUUCUCAACUUUAGGUUUGUUCAUACCUGCUGCAGUGGAUUUAAUUUGUGCUAGUGACAGAGGAAUCAAUUGGAAAAGUUUCUCUGUUUGGAAAAAUUUAUUGAUGAUGGCGCUUUCCAUUUUUGCUCUCAUUACUGGAUCUUUCACAAGUAUGAGAACAAUAAUUACUCAGUACACGUGACAUAAUAAUGGGCUAAUUGUGAUACAGGUAGGCUACUGAAAUAAAAUUUUGUCUAGUA